CCCGUCUCAUCUUAGCUCUGCAGCUCGCUAGUGCUCGUAAACCGUUAUAUUCUACUGCUAUUGUAUCAUCAUGUCCAUCUUUACUCUUCACGGACAAGGGCUCAAGCUCGACACCAGAGCAGACAUCGAGCCUCAUCUCGCCACCCUAGACCCUACAACGCUAGAAGAAAUACAUCUUGGCGGAAACACUCUCGGUGUCGAGGCUUGUGAGGCUCUUGGAGAGGUUCUUGCGAAAUGUACAAAUAUCAAGAUCGCAGAUUUUGCAGACAUCUUCACCGGUCGUCUGAUCUCAGAAAUCCCACUCUGUCUCGCCGCCAUCCUCACCCCACUCAUACCCCACCCUCAUCUUCACACCCUCAACCUCUCAGACAACGCCUUCGGUGGACGAUCCGUAGACCCCAUCACACCCAUUCUCUCUCAGUCGUCUUCCCUAUCCACCCUCCUACUCAACAACAACGGCCUCGGACCGGCAGGAGGCUCAGAGAUCGCCUUUGCCCUUCUUCGACGCGCGCAAACCGCAAAACAAGAAGGCAAGCCCUCGAAACUCCGGAAAGUCGUGUGCGGCAGGAACAGGCUAGAGGACGGAAGUGCGCCGAAGUGGGCUGAGGCGUUCAAAGAGCACGGUGGUUUGGUGGAGGUUCGGAUGCCGCAGAACGGGAUUCGGAUGGAUGGGAUCGUGAAGCUCGCGGAGGGUCUUGGCGCGUGUCCCGAUCUCGAGGUCUUGGAUUUACAGGACAACACGUUCGGAGUGGAGGGUGACAAAGCUUUCUCGGAGGCUCUGCCCAAACUACCCAAGCUCAAAUUCCUGAACUUCUCGGAUUGCGUGCUUUCCUUGGAGGAUUCAAACGAGGAGCCACCAAAGACGAUUGAGGCGUUGGCGGAGGGAUCGAACCCCAAGCUCGAAACGCUGCAGUUGCAGAAUAACAACCUCACGGGAGACUCUAUCCGGUUGUUGGCGGACUCGGUGGGCGAGAAGCUGACGGGGCUGAAGUUUUUGGAGGUGCAGUGGAACGAGGUUGAGGAGGACGAGGAGGGCGUGCAGACUUUGGCGGAUAACUUGAGGACGAGGGGUGGGAAGUUUGUCAUUACAGAUGAGGAUGAGGAAGAGGAAGAACCUUCGAUCAUCGAGGAGGCGGAGGCGGAGGAGGCUGCUGAGCCAGUUGAGGUAGAGGGCAAGGCGCCACCUCCGGGACUGGAGCCCAAGGAGGAGAAAGCGAAGGAAGAGACGAAGGAGAAGGGUAUGCUGGACAAGGCGACGGAUGCUUUGGCCGAUCUCAUGAGCAAGGUCUCUAUUGGAAACUGACCACCAUCAGCGAUCGACAUGACAUGUAUGCCUCACUUUUGGGUUUCGCGGGUUUAAUGUAACGGGUAGAUGCAUCUGGUUCGCUUGGGUUGAUGCGCAUGGAAGUUCAAAUGAUAUAAAUGUAGCAUGAAUUGAUUCUCUUUA